AUGGGAGUCUCAGAACCCUUCCCAGAAACCAAAGGGCCGAUCGACAAUGGCGAAAGCCAGACCGAUCCCCAGACAGAUUUCGAUCUGCCUCCUCUCACGAACACCACCGAGCGCAAAUUGAUGGCUAAGGUCGACUGGCAUAUUGUGCCAUGUCUGUGCAUCUUGUAUCUGCUUGCAUUCUUGGAUCGGGUUAAUAUUAGCAAUGCUGCUAUCCUUGGACUCAAGGAGGACUUGGACAUCGUUGAAGGCACAAAAUACAACACUGCGCUCACGAUUUUCUUUGUUCCUUAUAUCAUUUUCGAAAUCCCCUCGAAUAUUUUGCUGAAGAAGUUGAAGCCUCAUGUCUGUGUCAGCAUGCAUGUUCAUGUUUGGUCUGGUGCUGCUCUUCCAGGGUCUGGUACAAAACUGGGGUGGACUGAUGGCCACCCGAUUCUUUUGGGUGUCUUCGAGACGGGCAUGUUCCCUGGAUGCUUCUAUCUAUUGGGCAUGUGGUACACGCGCUCUGAGGCUCAAAAGCGUUUCAGUUUUUUCUUCAGCUCCACCAGUCUGGCCGGUGCCUUCGGUGGUCUGCUUGCCAGUGGACUCGCAAAGAUGGAUGGCUUGGGCGGUUACAGGGGCUGGCGCUGGGUGUUUAUCAUUGAGGGCAUCCUGACCAGUGUCGCUGCGAUCAUCCUGUUCUUCUUCAUCGCUGAUUUCCCCGAGGACGUGAAGUGGCUGAAUGAGGAAGAGCGCACGUACAUGCGCGCCAAGUUGGCGAAGGACGUUGGUAACUCUGCCUCCAACCUUCGCAUGGGCAAGCGCGAGGUGCUGGGUGUAUUCAAGGACUACAAGGUCUUUAUCGGCGGGUUCAUGUACUUCGGCUUAAUUGUUCCAGCUUAUGGAUAUGCCUACUUCGCCCCAACCAUUAUCCAGAGCUACGGCUACAGUCCGAUCAUGACCCAGCUAUAUUCCAUUCCUCCCUGGGCCGCGGCAUUCGGCUUGUCAAUGGUAGUCGCCUACUGCUCCGAUAAAUUGCGACACAGAUUCAUUUUCACAUUGAUACCGAUGGGGAUCGCGCUUGUCGGAUUUAUCAUGCUCCUAACCAUUCACGACAAUACCAAUGCCCAGUAUGGUGCGCUUUUCCUACUCACCGCUGGAUGUUAUAGCGCCAUGCCCGUCAUUGUAUGCUGGUUUGCCAUGAAUUUGGGCGGCCAUCAUCGACGCAGCGUGGGCACCGCGUGGCAGGUGGGCUUCGGUAAUAUCGGUGGAAUUAUCUCUACUUAUUCAUUCGUUAAGAAGAAUGGCGUCACAGAUUACCGAACCGGCUACAUUAUCUGUGUCUCAUUCGUGUGUCUCUCUGCUCUGGCGUGUACAGUGUACAUGGCAGCUCUUUGGAUGCAAAACAAACAGCGUGACAAUGCCCCAGUUGACCCUGCCACGAUUCCCGAGGAAGAAAAGGAAUAUCUCGGCGAUUUGGCGCCCACGUAUCGGUACACGUACUGA